AGAAGAAGAAGAAGAAGACGGCUGAUUUUACGACAGUUUCCCAAACACACAGCCGUCUCGCUUUACGGUAGAGGGGUGUCGCUCGCUAAGCAGUUCAGCUGUCAGAAGGUGAUGCUCAUCGGACCGCUCGGUGCAGAGACGCUGCGAGGUGGACCCUGGAAGGCUGUGACUGUGGUGAGUGCUGAUCUGCUGUUGAUCUCCGUGCUCUGGACUCACGCGUCCCUCUGUUUGGUGGGUCUCAUCCUCCGGUUGCUUCUCCAGACGGUGCUCCUGAGUGUGUUUAUGUUCCCGCUGCUGAGGACGGUUGGACUGAGAGCGUUCUCCAUGGCUUCUGAGACGUACACGUCGGGGACUCACUCGGCCGCCUUCGUCACCUGUCCCAACGACACGGUGGCUAAAGACUUGGCCAGGGCCAUCGUGGAAAAGAAGCUCGCCGCUUGUGUGAACAUCGUCCCAGCGAUCACGUCUGUAUAUGAGUGGCAGGGGAAGAUCGAGGAGGACAGCGAGGUGCUGCUGAUGAUUAAAACAAGAAGUUCCAAGGUUCCCGCUCUGGCCGAAUACGUCCGCUCCAACCAUCCUUAUGAGGUGGCCGAGGUCAUCAGCCUGCCCAUCGAGCAGGGCAACCCGCCCUACCUCAAGUGGAUAGGAGACGCAGUCCCAGAGUAAAGGACGGCCUCAAAGACGCAUCGAGACGCUUCCCGACAUCUGUGAUGUGUCCGUCAUGUGAAUCAGAGACAUUUUGAGAAGAUUAAAACGAUGAUACGGCUGAAAGAUGUUCUUUCUUUGUUUUGAGUCUUGUGUUUAACGUUCUUCCUCUCCAGCUGGUUUACCUCUAGAGGGCAGCCUCUGCCUUUCUAAAGGUAACCAGCUGCAGAAUGACCUCUGCUUCAGCUUUCACUCACCACGUACAUGUUGAAAGUGACGACACAUCUGUUGGGUUUCUCAUUCCUUUUGUGAACGAAGCAUCUUUGCAUUAAAAAGGAGGAUUCAUUUUUUAAAUUGGUGUGAAGUGUUUCUUGGUGAACAACGUGCAGUAAAGUCGAGGUCUGCAUGCACGCGUUACAUACGUCUGCGUGCACGCGUUACAUACCGUCUGCGUGCACGCGUUACAUACCGUCUGCGUGCACGCGUUACAUGCACACGUUACCGUCUGCGUGCACACGUUGUAUACCGUCUGCGUGCACGCGUUACAUACGUCUGCGUGCACGUGUUGGAUACGUCUACGUGCACGCGUUGGAUACGUCUACGUGCACGCGUUGGAUACGUCUACGUGCACGUGUUAGCUGUUUACAGCACAUUUCUCUGGAGCUAGAACGAUAGACAUGCUGCCUCUGAGCUCCUUCAGGAUUAAAGUCUAUCGACAUAAUAAACUGACAGCCGGUGGAAUAUGAUCCGUAAACAUUUAUUGAGCUCACCACAUUACACUUGGCUUUUGUACUUUGACAACACUGCUGAUAUAAUACAACAUAUUAAUGUGACAACAAAGAAAACAAAAAGCAUGAGUUGGGCAAAUUGGGCUUGUGGUUUAACUUAAAUAAAUAAAAUAUAGAAUUCACAAUGAACUACGAAACACACAUCUUCUAUUUCAACCAUCGAAUCGACAAAGUAACUUUAGCAUGAAGCACAGAAUCCUUCACAAAGAACACUUAACAUGGAUGUUCAUCGUUGACAAAAGGUAAACCUUUAGUUCUUUCAUAUUUAAAGAGGAUUUCAUGAAUAAUACAAACAGGAUCAUCUGUUCCAGUCACACAGCAAAGAGACUUUAAACCUUCUUCUUCUUGAAACAUAAUUCUCUCUGUCGUAAGUGAAGCAAGUUUGUGACAAAAAAGCACUAAACAGUGAAAUGGGCUUUUUUUUAAACAGUUUACAUUCGACGGCUGUUUUGGUAAAAAGUGAAGAUAUUCCACAUUCUUUGUUUCACACUGAAUCAUCAGUUGUUUCCUCCACAGUGUCCUUUUCAACACGACAUCAAUAAAUACAUAUAUAUAAAAUAAAUCUGCUCUUUGAUGGAGCAGAUCUCGUAGCUGAAGCCCUCACUACCCAGAAUGCACAGCGUUGCAUCAGUCGACGACCUUCUUGGUGCCUUUAAGAUCAAGAUGAACAUAUAAAUACUUAAGAACUAUAUUCUGUACUUCACAAUCCUUACAGCCAGUGUUUCAACCCAACAUGGUUAACUUCAGCUUACAUUAUUUUAACUUUCACACACCGUGACAAAAAAACACCGAUACUGUCAGAAUAUUAUGUGACGCAAAAGAUCU